CACUGCUCAGACUACUGCCUAUCGGUAGCAGGUGUCACCUUCCAGUUGGAGAACUGAGGGAGUCUUCCAGUGGAACCAGCAUCUGGUUUGCCUUGAGGAGCUCAACCAUGUCUCAGCAGGGUGCGUCUUCCGGCAAAGGCUUUUCCAAGGGAUCUUCCCAGGGCCCCACUCCGUGCCCUGCCCCCGCGCCCGCUCCUGUGCCCUCCCGCUCCUCUUCUUGCUGUGGAGGCUGCUGCGGUUCCGGCGUGGGCAACGGAGGCUGUUGUGGCGGAGGCUGCUGCGGAGACGCCGGCUGCUGCGGCUCAAGCUCCAACGGCUGCUGCUGCUUCCCCAGGAGGCGCCGCCGGCAGUGCGGGGGCGGCGGUUGCUGCAGGAGGAGCCAGCGAUCCCAGAGUUCCUGCAAUAACCAGAGCUCCGGCUGCUGCGGAGGCUGCUGAGCUGGCGCGAGGCCCACUGGAGCUGGGGAGCCCACGCUCAGCCCGGAGCGACUCCACUAUCACAUCCCCGCCUAGUGUGACAGCUCUGUGCGCUAGGCCUCGAGGUCAGACCUCACAGAGCUAACUGCACUUCAUGUUCACGGGCCACGCUGUUCUCAGUCCUGCAGAUCUCCCUGACCUUUCCAUGUGAUUUUUCCCGCGAGGGCCCCGAGAACCAUAAAUGGAACACUGGACUCCUAUGUGUAGGGGUUUGCACAGCAGGUGCUUAAAACAUGUUUACUGAGUUGUCCUUUGAAGAUAUCAUAAUAAAGCUUCUACCUGCUGAGACCA